AUGGGCCCUAACCCAAACUGGCUCGAGAUCGGACGGCGGCCGGGGGACCGCCGGACGCCCAAUGGCCCAUACCAACCGAGGGGCCCUAACCCAAACUGGCUGGAGAUUGGACGGCGGCCGGGGAACCGCCGGAUGCUAUCUGGCAUAUACCAACCGAGGGGCCCUAACCCAAACUGGCUGGAGAUCGGACGGAGGCCGGGGGACCGCCGGACGCUCACUGGCCCAUACGAACCGAGGGGCCCUAACCCGAACUGGCUCGAGAUCGGACGGCAGCCAGGGGACCGCCGGACGCUCACUGGCCCAUACCAACCGAGGGGCCCUAACCCGAACUGGCUGGAGAUCGGACGGGUGCCAGGGGACCGCCGAACGCUCAUUGGCCCAUACGAACCGAGGGGCCCUAACCCGAACUGGCUCGAGAUCGGACGGCAGCCAGGGGACCGCCGGACGCUCACUGGCCCAUACCAACCGAGGGGCCCUAACCCGAACUGGUUGGAGAUCGGACGGCAGCCGGGGGACCGCCGGACGCUCACUGGCCCAUACCAACCGAGGUGCCCUAACCCGAACUGGCUGGAGAUCGGACGGCGGCCUGGGGACCGCCGGACGCUGACUGGCCCAUACCAACCGAGGGGCCCUAACCCAAACUGGCUGGAGAUCGGAUAG